GCCACCUCAUCUCUGUUACAUUUGUCAAAUUUUCCUAGUUUCUGACUGCUGACUAAAAAAAUAAAAUGCUUAAAGCAAUUAUUGCAAUUUUAACAAUUUUAGGAUGUAUUUGGCCCCUUCACAGUGUUAUGUUUCACUUGACACCUAACACACAAAAGUGUCUUAAGGAAGAUAUACAGGCCAAUCAAUUGGUGAUGGGGGAAUACGAGGUCUCCGAUGUACCCGGCCAAGUUAUAGAUUACAUUGCUCGAGACACCAAAGGUCACAUACUGUCACAAAAGGAGCACAUCACCAAAGGAAAGUUCAGUUUUAUGUCGGAGGUUUAUGACACGUACGAGAUUUGCUUCAUUUCCAAAGUGCCACCACAGCAACGUGGAAUCAGUCAGGAAGUUUCACUUGUGACAAAAAAGGGAGUUGAAACUAAGAGCUAUGAAGGCAUUGGCGAGGCCUCGAAGUUGAAACCGCUAGAAGUUGACCUUAAGCGUUUGGAGGACCUCUCUGAUUCAAUUGUUCGCGACUUUGCUCUAAUGCGAAAGCGGGAGGAGGAAAUGCGUGAUACUAAUGAAAAAACAAACAGCAGAGUGCUAUUCUUUAGCAUCUUUAGUAUGUGCUGUUUGCUUGGAUUGGCGACAUGGCAGGUUCUAUACCUACGCAGAUAUUUCAAGGCAAAGAAACUCAUCGAAUAGUCGAAUAGUAAUCGGAGUACGAGUACAGUACAGUUUUUAUGUAGGUUUUCCAAAUUCAGGACCUCAUCCUCAAUGCUGCACUUUCCAACUCAUUUCACAAUAAAUUCUAAUAAAUAAAA